UUCAGUAAAAAAUCAAUUCCAUUCGGAGAAUUUCUUCCCCAUAACCCGGCAACAUGAUGCAAUGCGAUGAAAUCAAAGAUGAAGAGGGUCCAUCCAAUACCUUGGAGCAUUUUACCGAAUUGGAGCAGGUUGUGCAAAUGAUUGAUGCCAUACAGGGAACAGAUGCUGCUGGUUUUGAGAAGGACUUUGAGCAAUAUACGGAAGUUCUGUCAAGGUAUCAAGAACAACCCCAUUUACUGGACCCCCACUUGGAGUUGUUGUUGCAGAAGUUAUUGCAAAAAAUUCGUGACCGCAGCUUGCCGGAACCCUUAAUGCAUGCAGCCUUCAAGUAUUUGUAUAUCAUUUGUAAAGUUCGGACCUACAAAGUAUUGGUGAAAUUUUUACCCCACGAGCUGAGUGACUUGGAAUUUGCCUUGGAUCUAUUGGAGAAACAAAAUCCCAAAGAAUUUAAACACUGGGAGACCCGAUACAUGCUACUGCUAUGGAUGUCCAUAUUGGUGCUAAAUCCCUUCCAUAUGUCUCGUCUAGAUGCCUACCAAGUAAAUGUAGAUGGCAUUGGUAAUGAGGUGAUCACCAAUAGUGUUCCAUCUAAAACCAAAAUGGAACGUAUCUUUGAGCUGUGUAAAUUGUACACCUCCACAAAUGAUACAUGCAGCAACAUGUCCGCCUAUUUGGCAGCCAAAUAUUUUGUAAGAGCCGACAUAAAGGAGCUGUAUUUAGAUCGUUUCUUGGAAUGGGUUAUGUCACAACACAAAUCCGAUACGGUGGAUAUAAAAUUUGGCCAGUUGGCUGCCAUUGCAGCCAUUUUGAAACAUGGCAAACGUGAAGACCUCCUGCCCUAUGCCGAUAAGCUGCUGCAAUGGAUAAUAAGCUGCCAGUAUAAGGAUGGCUCGGAUUUCUUGAAAUAUAAAUCGUAUAUUAAAAUUAUACAACGCAUUGGUUUGGUCUAUUUGAAACCACGCAUUGCAGCAUGGCGUUAUAAGCGUGGAACACGCUCCUUGGCCUCCAAUCUGUUGCAAGCGCAAAAUACCACAAGUACACAAAGUACACCGGAAGAUGGCCAACAGGCGAUGGAGGAGGAAAGUUCAGAAGAUGAAAUUGCUGUGCCCGAUUCCAUUGAAGAAGUCAUUGAGGAGCUGUUGCAGGCUCUGCGUAGUGGUGGCAAUGAUAUACGUUGGUCUGCCGCCAAGGGUAUUGGUCGUGUUACCAAUCGUUUGUCGAAAGAAUUGGCCGAUGAAGUGAUUGGUUCGGUUAUUGACAUAUUGAAUCCGUUGGAACCCCACGAGGCUUGGCAUGGUGGGUGUUUGGCUUUGGCUGAAUUGGCCAAGAGAGGUUUAUUGUUACCAUAUCGCCUGAAGGAAUUGGUACCUCUGCUUCUGCAGGCCUUAUUUUAUGAUGAAAUGAAAGGCUACAUGUCGGUGGGACAACAUAUACGUGACUCAGCUUGUUAUAUGUGUUGGGCAUUUGCCAGAUCCUAUAAUCCAGAUGACUUCAAACCAUUUGCCCAGCAAGUGUCGGCGGGUCUGCUCACGGUGGCUUGUUUUGAUCGUGAAAUAAAUUGUCGUCGGGCUGCCUCGGCUGCUUUUCAGGAAAGUGUUGGCCGUCUAGGCAAUUUUCCCUACGGCAUUGAAAUAUCCACCACCACGGAUUUCUACACAGUCGGUUUAAGACAAAAUUCCUAUUUAAAUAUAAGCUAUUUCAUUGCCGAAUUUGAGGAAUAUUGUCGGCCUUUGAUAGAUCAUCUAGUUGAUCGUAAAGUAAAUCAUUGGGAUACGGCAAUCAGAGAGCUAACGGCCAAAGCUUUACAUAAAUUGACACGCAGAGCUCCAGAAUAUAUGGCCGAUAUUGUAUUGGAUAAACUGUUCGCCAAGACUGAUUCGAUAGACAUCAACACAAGGCAUGGUAGUGUUUUGGCAAUUGGAGAAAUUGUAUUGGCCCUAAGGCAAUUGGAAGAUGAAGCGGAACCGAAACAGACUUUGCUAUCCAAUCAAAGUAUUUCGAAUGUCAAUGAAGUUAUUGGGAAAUUCCUACAACGAGAUCUGUUUCGUGGUAUGAGUGGUGAGCUGAUGAAACAGUGCUGCACAGAUUUUAUACGUAAUUGUAGUAUGGCCAAGGUUUCGGCAACGGGACAAUGUUUGGAAUCCUGGCAGGAAGUCAUUGACAAAUGUUUGUUGAGUAAAAAUGCCCCCAUUCGUGAACUGGCAACCACAGCCUUCUCCAAACUCUGUGAUGCCUAUUACAAUACCCCGGAUAGAAAUGUGGCCAAUAAUGAAAUUGUCAAGUUUUAUUUGAAGGGUGCCGACAAUGACCAAGAAGAAAAUAUACGCAUGGGUUAUUUGAGUGCAUUGGGCGUCUUACCCCUUUUCAUGGUCACCCCAUUGUUCGAUGAUAUUUUGGAAAAUCUUAUCAAACAUUCAUUGACACCAUAUCAGGCAAUUUGUGUGGGUGAAACGGUUAAGGAGCAAGAAGCUCAAAGCACUCAGGAUUGGAGUGAGGCACGUCGUGACAGCGUUAAGGCUUUAAGUAAUCUUGUUAAAAAUGUUGGCUUUGAAAAUAAUACCAGGGUGUCAUUUGCAAAUUUGAAAUAUCUCACCAGGGUAAUUGAUUGUUACCUCAAAGCCAUGGAUGAAUAUACUUUGGAUAAUCGUGGUGAUAUUGGUGCCUGGGUUCGAGAAGCAGCUAUGAGUGCCAUUUUCGAAUUGAUAAAAAUCUGCCCCAAAGACAUUUUACAACCCCAGCAAAUCCAUCAAAUUGUUGUGGGCUUCAUGCAACAGGCUGUCGAAAAAAUUGAUCGCACCCGUGGGUUAGCUGGCCGUUUACUUUGCCAAAUGAUACAUUUAGAUCCUGCCGUUCCACACAUACAUCAUCAUGCGAAAUUAAAAGAAAUAUUUCCCGAAGAUGUCAAUUCAGUUUUAUGGUUAUUUGCCGAUCAUACAUUCCCCUUGUUUUGUUCACUGCUCGAAUUUCCUGAAUAUUCUCGACGUAUAUUAUUGGGUCUUAGUGCAAGUAUUGGCCAAUUGACUGAAUCUCUGAUUAAAUAUGCCUCAGGAGCAUUAUUCCAAUUUUUACGAUCUCACACUGGACACAUUGAACGAUUGUGCCGGGAAAUUGUGCUGAAUUUUGAAGAGAAUCUACUGAAGGAACGUGUCACAUAUCCAAUGUUGAAUUUUUUGGAUAUUGUUAUUGCAUCAGGUUCCAUUAAUUCCAUUCUCUUGGAUGACUCAUCAACAUUUGCCGAAGACAUUUAUCGUUUGCUGAAUUUGGAAAUUAAAGGUCACAAAAAACUCUACAAAUUGGUAUCCAGUAUAAAUGUCUACUCACAAUUGGUACAAGUGCCACGGCUAUGCAAAAAGGUACUCUCCAAAAUGUCAGUAUUUCUUGGUCUAACCCAUGUUCAUAUACGUAAAACAACUGCCACCAAACUAUAUGAGGCAUUGGCCCUGCACGGAGAUAUUUGUGAAAUCAGUGAAGAGAAUAUGGAUGAGAUUUUAAAUUUACUAUCGGAAACAGAUUGGGGUAUGCCAUUGGUAGAGGUUAGACCCAUACGCAAUCAAUUGUGUGAGCUGAUGGGUAUAAAACCACCAAUGUCGGCAGCCCAAGCAGCAGCGGCAGCAGCAACAACUGGUCAACGUUAA